GGUAGAGAAGGACCUCGAACGAUAGACACAGAAUCCCAGAGCCGGCGGAGGUGCUAAGGGGAUGGCGGCGGAGGUAGAUCUCGAGGUGCUUUUUUUAUCAACAAAUAAAUAUGGGGACUGCACACAGGAGAUGGAUCGGUCAUGACGGGGCAGUGGCACCCAACACGGAUGGGGUGGGAAGCAAGGAUGUUUGGGGCGCCGGUGUGGGAGAGCUGAAGGGUGGGAUAUGCCUCCAUAACACGGCGGCACCCACAAGACCCACAGUGGAAGCAGGGAUGCACGGAUGCUGGGUCAGUGGGUUCCGGUCACGUGACUGCUGGCGUUUAGGGAGUAGUAAUUGUCUCCGAGCUCACAAUGCCCGGGGAAGCUGGCAGGCAGUGCUGGUGGAAGUCCGCAUGCAAGGAACCGCCAUGAGCCCGCGAGGCCAGGCCACUGAGAAUCCACAGCGAGCAGCAGGGAGAGUCAGCCUCCGCCACGGCAAAUGUUCCGCUAUUCGAAGCCAGCGGCAAGCUCUGCCAAUCGAAGCCAUCCAGCGGAAAGCUCUGCCAAUCGCCCUCACCGCCACUACCACAGCCUGGCUCACCAAGAACCAUCGUCUGGUCUCUACUGCUCCCUGGUCUCUCCCUGUGGCCUCCAUCUGGCAUCUCCCUGGCCUCUUCCUCUGUCACGUUCCUGGCUUAGGCUCAUGUGGUUGCUCUCGGUGAGAUGCUGCAAAAUCCCACCAUUGCUGUGGAAUUUCCUUGCUUGCGAGUCGCACCCCACCACCACCAAUUUUGAACCUUGGCUGGGAGAGCGCACUGCUGGGCAGCCAUGUGGCCCCGCGAGUGUCACGGGAAAAACCUCUACUGCUGGAACUCUACGCCUAGUGGAUCUACCCCUAGUGGCAACUACACCUAGAGAAACUUCCAGUGGCACCUCUAGUGGCACUUCCCUUAGGUAGCAUUUCCUUUUGCUCCUGUCUUCCUGUCCCUGCCCUCAGUGCUUUCCCUC